CUUUAUCAAUUUCCGGCGAAUUGGAAAUUUUGAAGGUUUUUGAUUUCUUCAGAGCAAAUCGGAGUUGUUACAGUUGAGGGAACGCUCUAAGUUGAUCGAUCCUCAAUUUGAUAAACAAGGCGUUAUCUCAGGAACCCUAAUUUGUUUUUGUUCAUCGUCGAAGGUCAGUGCGUGAUUCUGAGUUUGUAAACCUUUUCGUUCUCGAAUUUGUUGCUUGACUAUGUAAACGAACACCGUUCCAGGAAUUGAGAUUAUAGUUUUGAAACGUUCUGGUUUAAACGAUUAAGGUAAUGUCUGGAAGAAAUCGUGGACCUCCUCCACCUUCGAUGAAAGGUGGCUCUUACAGUGGCUUACAACCUCCGGUUCAUCAACAACCGCCUUUCGUUAGAGGCUUAGGAGGAGGAGGAGGAGGACCAGUGCCUCCUCCUCCUCAUCCUUCUAUGAUUGAUGAUGGUAGGGAAGCUCAGUUUAGAGUUGAUGCAAGAGGUCUUCCUCCACAGUUUUCAAUCAUGGAGGAUCGUCUCGCUGCUCAGAACCAAGAUGUUCAGGGUUUACUUGCUGAUAACCAGACGGUUGCUGCUAUUCAUGUGGCGUUGAAUCAAGAACUUGAAGUUGCUCAGCAUGAGUUGCAGAGAAUUAUGCAUUACAUUGAUUCAUUGAGAGCUGAGGAAGAGAUCAUGAUGAGGGAGAUGUAUGAUAAAUCUAUGCGGUCUGAGAUGGAACUGCGUGAGGUUGAUGCUAUGCGAGGUGAGAUUCAGAAGAUUCGGGUGGAUAUUAAAGAGUUGACUUCUGGUAGGCAAGAACUUAACAGCCAGGUUCAUGUGAUGACUCAAGAUUUGGCUAGACUUACAUCAGAUUUGCAGCAGAUACCAACACUAACUGCAGAAAUUGAGAACACAAAGCAAGAGUUGCAAAGAGCAAGAGCGGCUAUUGAUUAUGAGAAGAAAGGAUAUGCGGAAAAUUACGAGCACGGCAAAAUUAUGGAGCAUAAAUUAGUUGCAAUGGCUCGGGAACUGGAGAAGCUUCGAGCAGAGAUUGCUAACUCAGAGUCGAGGGCUCAUGCAACUGGCCCUGUUGGGAAUCCUGGUGGAGUUGCUUAUGGUGGUGGCUAUGGGAAUCCUGAGGCUGGGUAUCCUGUGAAUCCUUAUCAACCCAACUAUGUCAUGAAUCCAGCACAAGCAGGCGUUGUUGGCUAUUAUCCUCCUCCUUACGGACCACCGCAGGCUGCGUGGGCUGGUGGCUACGAUCCGCAGCAACACCAACAGCAGCCACAAGGACAACAAGGACAACAAGGACAACAAGGACAUCGAUGAUAAAUUCGUCCAUUUUUCCAGCAACUCUCAUGAAAUUUCUUUUUACACAGACACACAGAUCUGAAACUAGAAGCCAUGGAUGCUGCUGCUCAGUAUCAAGAUCUACCUCCUCUCAAAA